AAACUAUAGCGCUGACCCAGACCCAGAUAAACACAUAAAUAGUCUGAAACUCCGGUGACAGACAUUAAUCUGAGUUCAUCGAGCGAUGGGUAAGAUUGGCGAUAUAACUGUGACAAUAGAUGGCGGUAAGGAGGUGUAUCGCUCUGGGGAGGCGGUAAAGGGCGUGUGGCGAGUGCAUGUAAACGAGCGCGUGACAGUUAAUGAUAUCUCCAUUAGUCUGAAUGGCGAGUCAUAUGUCAAAUGGACAGAAACCAACAGCGAUGCCAGAGCACCUGACCUAAAAUUCAUUUCCCGGGAACAUUACACCAACCAGAAAAAAUAUGUCGUAUAUGACAAAACCACACUUGAAGCAGGAGUGUAUGAAUAUCCCUUCAACUAUCCUUUGCCAACGGACAAAAUGCCUUCGUCUUUUGAGGGAAAGAGAGGCUGUUCUCGGUACUGGCUGUUCCUGAAAAUUUCCCGACCUCUGCCAUGGCGAGAUGUGAUCAGCGAUAAAUGCAUUACUUUUAUUGAUGACGUGAAUAUAAAUAUGCAAUAUUAUUCUAAACCAGUCACAAGGAAGAAGUCAACACGUUUGUCCAAGUUGCUCGGUUUUGGAGAUGCAGGGGAAGUAACUCUCACAGCCAAGAUACCCAGGACUGGAUUUUGCGCUGGCGAGGCCAUACCUGUAACAGUGGUUGCUGUCAAUGCUUCAAGAAAAGAUUUAGGAAAGCUGAAGGUCUCCCUGGUACAGAGUGUGGAUUACAAUGCCAACGGAGACGCAAAAACAGAGAAAACCUUCAUCUGUACAAAAACUGGAUCAGACCCCAUUGGACAGGGACAGACAAGGAGCUGGAAGAAUGAGUUACUAUAUAUAGAUGCUGUCCCUCCAUCAACACGCAUGAGGGCGUCUUUCUGCCUGGUCGUCUCUUAUAUGAUCAAGGUAUAUAUUGAUAUUCCGCUCCUGAGUGGCGGGGAUCUUGUACUCUGGUUACCUAUCACAAUUGGAACUGUCCCCCAGGGAUACAAGAAAUCAAUACCAGCAACGGGAGCUACCGGAGCGGCCCCAAACAUCCCUGUGACUGACCUUUCUAAUGCCCUGACCUAUACCAGAUGUAACAGAGGUUGGGAGAAGUUCAUUCGGUCUACUAACAAUGCUAUACCAGAAUAUGUUAGUUAUACUCCAAUGUGUGUCUAUGUUCCUAACUACACAUACAGACCAAAGCCCUUGGUGGCCAGCCCACCCAAACAAGGAACCCCCAAGACUUCUGCAACUGGAAAGGUCAAAGCUACACAAGUAUCAACAGCAAGUUCAAAGUCUGCGACAUCGCCACCAUCCACAUCUGAGUCGUCAUCAGGUCAGGCAGUUACCACGGCAAAAUCCCAAACAUCAGUCUCUACCGCAGUUACAGCAAAAUCUACGGUCAGUGCCACACAAGUAUCAAAAAGCACAACUGGAGUCCAAACAUCAGUUCCUACCUCAGGUCAAACAAAAUCUACCGCCUCUGCCGUACAAACAUCAAGCAGUUCAGCUCAAGGCCAAACAUCAGUUCCUACCUCAGGUCAAACAAAAUCUGCCGCCUCUGCCGUACAAACAUCAAGCAGUCCAGCUCAAGGCCAAACAUCGAUUCCUACCUUUGGUCCAUCAAAGUCUACGGCAACUGUUGCACAGCCAUCAAACAGCCUUGCUGAAGGUCAAGGUCGGAAAGUGCCAUCAGCUCCACCAGUUUAUUGUUUUGAAGGUGAUGAUGAAGAUAUCAACAUGGGCGAUCUUGCAGCGUCUCUUCCUAGUUAUGAGGAGCUUUUUGGUCAGGGGGCUGCAGAGGCGAAAAUUGAAGUUGAAGACACAUCCACUGGAAAGGUGUUCAUGGUCAUCAAAUUCCAAGCAACUCGGCGACAAGAGUUCAUCGAUACCUUGAAAAAAUACAGUUCCGGAUUGGAAAAGUUUCAAGGUACUCUCUCAGCUUUACAGCACCAGGUUCAUUCAGCGUUUAGUGGUAAAUGGGCUAAAACAAGCCGUCUGGCUGUCCUCACAUUCGAAAGUGCAGAUAUGGCAAAGGACUGGUUCAAGUGUACUCCCGAAGUUUGUAUGGAGAAAUGGCUGGGAGGAUGCGACAUCUUGCUAGUUGAGGCAUCGGAACCUUUUCAAGAAGAUCACCAAGUUCUCACUUUAUCCAACCGUGUCCCCGCGGUGGAAGACACUGGCGAGAAUGAGGAUCUGGCACGGUACCGUUAUUUAAUGACGGAGUACAUGAAACCGUCAAGUGUGAGGCUUGGCGUGGCAUCCGUUGCAAAUACGAAGGUAAACAGCUGCCUGCGUGGCCAUUGGGACAUGAAUAUUGAUCAGUCUGUCAUAAUACACUCUUGGCCAACCAUGGACGUCGUGAAACAGUACAAGUCCAGUGUAGAUCCAGAGAUCUACCAGGAAGUUGCAGAGCUUAGGAAAAAGGUAUUUGAUACUGUGUUAUCCUUGAUGAUUAAGCUUGGUCCUCUGCCAAGUCUCACCAACAGCCAAGAGAAGGAGGCUGGCGAGGAGGAGGCUGGCAAGGAGGCGGCACCUUAGGGGUCAAGGAAGACCCUUAUAGUAGGGAGUUAGAAAGAUGAUUACAUGUAUAAGGAAAGGUGGAAUUAUAGGAUUGAAAAGGGGAAAAUUUAAAGGCCAGAGGUCGAAGGUUGUGAACUAUAGAGGCAUUAUUAGUACAGGGAAAGGUGUUGAAAUAUGAAAGCUAGGAAAGUGGGGCGAUAUGGAGGGUAAUAAAAGGGUUUUAACAGGGGCUUGGGGAGAUGGUGCAGCAUAGGGGCUUGUAAAGGGGAUAUCAUGGGGACAAAGAAAUGGGACAUUUAUGCAGGGCUUGAUGAGGAAAAGUAUAAAGAAAAGACAAACAGAGAUAACAGGCCCGUGGAAGGGGGCUGGGGGGUUUGGAAGUGGUAGGGGGAUACAUGUACUGUAACUGGUGCAAUUUAGUAUGGUGCUUUCCAAUUUGGUAGGGGAGAAAAGUAUUGACUUGACAGAUGUUGUGCAUUAUAGGAGAUGUGGUUUAGAGGUAGCAUGGUAUGGAAGAACUAGAAGAUUUCUGUUGAAGGGGCUGGAUAGGGGUCAUUUUAUUUGAUAAAGUCAAAAGAAGGGGAUGUUAAUGACAGUU